AGAUCUGAAUGUUGUUCAGCAAGCCGGCCUGCGUUCAGCAAGCUUGAUUGGCUUAGCUGCCUCAGGCUCUAUUCUCAGAGGCUAGAGCCUAUACCCGUUACGCUUUCAUCCCCCAACGCCCAUUCGCCUCCAUCUCCUUGUGAGAACUUGCUCCACGAGUGAAAGUCGGGGUCUUCUGAGGUUCCAAAGAUGAGCACAGGAUCUUCGCAGCCUGCCAAGGUCCUGGCCAGCUCCCGCACGUCCAGUUCACCUGCAAACGAAACAAGAAUCCCCGACAGUCCCCCUCAAGCAAGGCCCCAUUACGGCGCGAAUCAGAAGGGAGGCAAAGGGGGCCGUUGGGUUGCCAAAGAGGGUGGCUUUCGCAGCAACAGUCCACUUAAGCAAGGCGGAAGUGUGGCGACUGCAAAUGUGCAGCAAAUGGAGGCGACCAAGACUAGAGGGGAGAAAGAGGAGGUGCCAGUCAAUGCGGCAUCGACAACGUACAGUGCACGGACGGUGACGCCACCAAGGCGGCAUCGACGGGGCAACUCGUACUCAGAUGAGGAGUACGAUGAGCGGGGCCCGCGCUCCUUUCCCUGGGACGUGAAGGAAGCGUGCUGGCGAAAGGCGGAGACGGUGCCGGGGCGAAAUCCGGACCGGUGGCGAAUGGACCCGUAUGGCAACCUGGUGUUCAAGAAGCUCGUGGCGUGUGACGGGUGCCUCUGCCACAAUUACGAUCACAUACAGCCCUUUUCGAAGGGGGGCAAAAGCGUCAUAGAAAACUGCCAGCUGCUACAGGCUCGAGCGAAUCGGGUCAAGAGCAAUCGGACGGACAUGACGUACUCAGACAUUUCGAAUCAAAGCGCCUACUGUCGAUUCUCGAAACGAGACAUGGACGUAGUGGAGCUCGCGGCGUACGGAAACGUGGCCAAGACGGAAACACCAAGCGGUUGCUUUAUAUCCUGAGCGAGGCCGGAUCGUUGGACCGCUUGGCCUUUAGGAUUUGAUCAUUUUGCAGCGGAUAUAGAUUGCGGAAAAGGUACCAGGUACUGGCCUUGAGUGGCCACCGUUCUUGCUUUUGGUUGAAGGGUUAUGCACAUUUGAGCAUCGCAGCCUAACCUACGGCUUUCGAAGGCAGCGGGCAGUGUUUUGCUGGUUGGCUCGACGGUGGUGCCAAGAAGUCGUGAAAAGGGGCUUCGAGACCAGUUCAAUCGUCCUGACCCUUUUAUAUUCUUAGAGUGGCCGGGGCAGCAGGUGAUCCCCUUUGCCGAUUUCCAGAGAGUUCUUGAGCUAAGACAAAUCUUAAUUAGAAAACAAAGCAGUGAACUUCCUGAUGUGCACGCUAAGGUGAGUACUGGGCUGACAUCCUGUUGAUGUAUACCUGUAGAAAAGAAGUGCGUCUGCGUAAGUAAUAGGUGACCCACUAAUAGGAGUCGCUGAUGAGCAAGAUGGGGCGGUCGAUUCAUUUCAAACUGCAACGGUUUUCCAAAAGUUAGCACUUUAACCAGAGCUCAAGUUCUUGAUAUUAAUUGUUGACAGAAGUUGAACUUUUGUCAAUCUGAAUAAAUGAGGCCCGAC